AUGUAUUCUACUGUUAAAGAAGUCACAGUACGCAGUACCUUUGUUGCUGUACUUCAUCGUAUUCUUCAACUUUUAAUUCUAAUUUUUGUUGUCUUUUACAUUAUCUUGAUAAAAAAGGGAUAUCAAGAAUUUCAAGAACCUCAAGGUUCUAGUAUAAUAAAAAUUAAAGGUGCAGCACAAGUUUCGAUUCACAAUUCCAAUCUUCAUACUGAUAAUUCAACUCAAGCAUUGUGGGACGCAGCUGACUACGUUGUACCAUCCAUUGAAACCAACGCCUUUUUUAUUGCUACACGUAAAACGGUAACAUAUGGUCAAACACAAGGAAUAUGUCCGAGUAGUUUGAACAAUAAUUUAUUCUGCAAUUCUACAUAUAAUCCAUGUAAACGAGGCAAGCCAACGCCUAAUGCAUUCGGUUACUUUACUGGAAACUGUGUACCAAGUCAGGAGAAUACGAUGAUUAAUGUAUGUGAAAUAAAUGCUUGGUGUCCUGAAGAACUGUCAAAUUCUACCGAUUAUACAAUCAAUAUUGACGAUUUACUCAAUAUUACAGUUUUUAUAAAAACAGCUGUUUCAUUCGCGCAAUUCAACAUUAAAUUACGAACAGUCAAACAAGAUACUAAAUUUUCAUGUCGAUUCAACAGUGAUACUGAUCCACGUUGUCCUAUCUUUCAAAUCGGAUAUAUUAUCAAAAAGCUUCGAGAAAAAAAUCAUAGAAUAAAUCGAAAAGCUUUGUAUAAUCAAGGAGGCCUAAUUCAAAUUGAACAAACAUGGAAAUGUAAUUUCGAUUCUAGUGUAGAAAAUCAAGGAUGUUUUCCAACUUAUACAUUCGAUUUAUUGCAAAGUGGUGAUGAUAAACUAUCGCCUGGUGUCAAUUUUCGAUUUGUUGAAAAAUAUCGUUUAAAUGAAAUAGAUUAUCGAACAACGACAAAAAUGUAUGGACUUCGUUUUGUUCUCACAAUAUCAGGUCAUGGUGGACGAUUCGAUAUACGUAGUUUAUUUCUUGCUAUCGGAUCUGGUAUUGGUUAUAUGAUAAUAGCGGAACUGGUAUCCGAAUUUAUCUUCAUGCGAUUUCACAGACAUCGUGAAGAAUUUCGUCGAAAUAAAAUCAAAGUUUUUUCUUUGAAGGACAACAUGAAGGCUCGUUCGGGAGAUAUUGUAGACUAUUAA